CUAUGUCGUGCUGGAAACUAGAAGGCUAGCUAGCUAUUUCCAAAAAGGCAUAUGAUAACAGCCAGCUAGCUAGGUGUUGGUCCUAUCUAGUCACCAUCCAUCUACACCGGCGUUUCAAAUCCCCCUUUUCAGUAUAAUAUGGUGAUUUCAUCAAGCAAAAACGGACAGUUCCGGCCUAUCAGCUAAAUUCACAGGUCCAGAGGUCCAAGAUGACAGAAGAGGUGAUUGUCAUCGCCAAGUUUGACUACCUGGCUCAGCAGGACCAGGAGUUGGACAUUAAGAAGAACGAGCGUCUGUGGCUGCUGGACGACAGUAAGUCCUGGUGGAGGGUCCGUAACGCCACCAACAAGACCGGCUUCGUACCCUCCAACUACGUCGAGAGGAAGAACAGCGCCAGGAAGGCAUCCAUCGUCAAGAACCUCAAAGACACACUAGGUCAGAAACUGUCCUAACCUUAACCUCAGUCA